AUGCAAUCAUUUAUGAAUCGUGAUUAUGUAUGUUAUACUAUGCAACCAUUAAUAAAAGAAGAAAUAACUAUUAAUAAUGGACUUUCAAGAUCAAAAACAAUUAAUGGAAACUUUUCUAAAUCAUAUAAACGAGAAUUAGAACAUCUAUUGAACUAUUCAGCUAGCAAUUUAAAAUAUACAUCGAAGCGUCAAGCAAAUUAUGUACAUAAAAUGAAUGAAACAAUCGAUAUAUUAAAUAGUAUACCUUUAAUUAUAUUAGCUAGUAUAACUUCACAUAGAUUUUAUAUUUCUAUUCGAAACAUAACUCGAGAUCUUUUACUCGACUGGUAUUCUUCUUAUGAAUUAACUGAAGAAGAAAUAUAUCUUUUAUAUAAUUGUAUUCGUUUUUUUCAUCGACUUGUUAAUGCUAUUAAAGAUGUAACAAAACUUGCAUCAUGGUUACUUGAUCGAUCAUUUAUAAAUGCAUUAGCUAAAUGUAUGAAUGAUAUUGAUCGAUUACUUUCUUUUAAUGAAGAAAAACAAAAUUUCGAACACCUUUCAAGUCUUUUCGAUAUGUUUAAUACAUUUUAUCAACGAUUACCUUCAAAAAUACAAUAUGAAAAUGAAUUUUAUCGAUUAUUUGAAGCAACAAUGGAUUGUCUUGUUUCUUCAAAUUAUGAACGAGCAUUUAAACAAUUAAAAACUAAUGCUCAAUCAAUAACAACUAAACAAAAAUUUUUUCUUAUUCAAUGUCCAUCUUUUUUUACUAUGUACAAUGGAUCAUACUCUGAUGAGAUUAUGAAACAAUUGUUAGAUACAAUGGUAACUCGUUAUGCAUCUAUACUUGAUAAACAUAUUCAAUCGAUAAAAAAAUGGAAAUCUUCAAUCAUUCAUGUUGUUUAUUAUGUUUUAUUAACUAUUACUCAUGCUAAAAGUUUUUAUACACCAUAUGCUAGUGGUCAACCAUUCCAAUGGCUUAUUGAUAAUAUUAUUAGUAUACUCAGUGAAUCUUCUCUAUUAAAAAAAGUCAAUGAAAACAUAAAAACACCUGAAACAAUAUUAAUUAAUUCAGCUCUUCAUACACUUACUGUAUUUAUUCAUGAACCUGAUCUGCUUGUAUAUAUAAAAGAACUUAAAAUAACACCCCUAUUUCGUUCAUUAACAUCAUUACCUAAUGAAUCUAUUGUUAUUCAUGGAUAUAUUAUACUUUCGUAUACAUUAGAAGAAAAUGAUAUAAAAGCAUCAGAAAAAGAUUCUGGUCGUUUACUUUCAAAUAUAUUUGAUUUAUUAAGAAAAAAUAUUCGAUCAUUAAUAAAAACAAAUCAAAAUAUCGAACUUAUUGAAUGUAAUAUUUCUUUACUUGUUGAAACUGUUCAAGUUCUUCUUCAACAUGAUCAAAUCAAAAGUGAACUAUUAAAACAAAAUGCAUUAUCUUUAUUAAUUGAUAAUUAUCAACAUCUUAAUGAUCAAUCAAAACGAUUAUUACUUGAUUCUCUUGGUUCAAUAACAUUUGAUAAAGAAGCAGCAAGUAGAUUACGUGAAAAUACACAAUUUAUUAAUUCAGUUGAAAUUAUGCGAAAAUCAUCUAAUGAUGGAAUUAAAAAAGCAGCAGAAAAAAUUAUUUGGAAUCUUUUUGAAGAACCCGAAAAGAUGGCUCAACAAAAAGAGAAAACAAUUAGAGAAAGUACUGAUUCGAUUGAUGAACAACAACAAGAAGAAGAAAAAGAUAAAUCUAAAGUAGAAGAAUAUCUUUAUGAUAUAAUGAUAUCUUAUUGUCAUGCUGAUAAACAACUUGUUAAUAGAAUUCAUAAAUUUCUUGUUGAUAAAGGGUUUAAAGUUUGGAUUGAUCGAGAUAAUAUAUAUGGGCCAGCAAUGCAAGCUAUGGCUGAUGCUGUAGAAAAUUCUGAAUUUGUUAUUAUUUGUAUGUCAGACUCCUAUAAACGUAGUGUUUACUGUCAAGCUGAAGCUGAAUAUGCAUUUCGUUGUAAACGACGUUUAAUACCAAUCAUUGUACGUCAAGGUUAUCGUGCUGAUGGAUGGUUAGGUUUAUUAAUUGGUAGUCGAAUCUAUGUAGAUUUUAGUCGAUUAGAAUUUAAUAAAGCAUGUGCAAUACUUUUAAAAGAAAUGACAUUACAAAAAGAAAGUCAACUCAAUAAUAAUCCAAUUGAUAAUCAUACUUUACAUGAAAGUCAAUUAAAUUUAACAAAACAAACAACGUUUGAUAAUAACAAAUCAUUAACAUCAAAAGCAAUUGAAACUAAAGAAAAACCAAAGUUACCUAGUGAAUAUUUAAAUCGUAAUACAAUGAAAUCAACAUAUUCUUCAAAUUCAAUUAAACAAUGGACACAACAAGAUGUACUAGAUUUUUUAUACGAUUCAAAUUUUCAUUAUAUGAUGCCAUUAUGUGAAUUCAUGACAGGUCAUGGAUUAUUAAAACUUUUUCAAAUGUGUCUAACAUCACCAAGUCGUUUUUAUAUUCAAUUAAAUGAAGAAUUAACUUCACGAUUUAAUGGUUUACGUUUACCUAUUGGUAUCUUUACACAAUUUCUUAGUGAAAUAGAUCAAUUAACUAGUUCAUCAUCAAUAUCUAACAUAGAAGCUAUUGAACAAGAUGCACUUCAGUCUACAUCUGUUUUACCAUCAUCGUCAUCACCACCUCCAGUUAUUGUUAAAAGUAGUCUAAAUAAAUCUGGUUCUACUUCAUUAUUAGGAUCACCAAUUCAAUCAAUAGUCCAACAUAGUCCUAUAUUAUCUCCACAGGAAAUAGUAUCACGUACUCUUACAGCAGUUAAAACAUCAUGUAAUGUUCAUAUUACCGAACGAACUACCUAUUGA